AUGGCAGCUGCGAGGGACACGGCGCUGCUGGCCUGGAUCCUCUGCCUCGGCGGCACGGCGCUGCUGGCCACAGAACAACCAGAAGCAGAGACCAAAUACGGGAGAGUCCGAGGGUACCAAUUCCAAGUGGACACAGCUGACAGGACUGUAAAUGUCUUUUUGGGACUUCCUUUUGCUAAGCCUCCACUUGGAGCACUGAGGUUUUCUGAACCCCAGCCACCUGAGCCAUGGGAAGGUGUCAGAGAUGCCACUUCCUACCCACCAAUGUGUCUACAGGACCAAGUACAAGGACAGGAUUUUUCAAAUAUGGUUACCAACAGAAAAGAGAAAGUUGCUCUGCAAGUGUCUGAGGAUUGCUUGUACCUAAAUGUCUACACACCUGUUUCUACAGGAGAAGAGGAGAAGCUGCCUGUCCUAGUAUGGAUCCAUGGAGGUGCAUUAGUUUUUGGAGCAGCUUCAUCAUAUGAUGGCUCAGUACUUGCAGCAUUUGACAAUGUGGUGGUUGUAGCAAUUCAGUACAGAUUAGGUAUUGCUGGAUAUUUUAGCACUGGUGAUGAGCAUGCCCGAGGUAACUGGGGAUAUUUAGACCAAGUGGCGGCUCUUCGGUGGAUUCAGGAAAAUAUCAUGCAUUUUGGAGGAGAUCCAGGAUCUGUCACUAUCUUUGGAGAAUCUGCAGGAGGAAUCAGUGUUUCUGCUCUUGUCUUAUCUCCCCUGGCCAAGGGCUUGUUCCACAAGGCCAUUUCAGAGAGUGGCACUGCAGCCCUGGGCUUGUUCACUGACCAGCCUAAGGAGGAUGCACAGAAAAUUGCUGCUGUCUCUGGCUGUGAAAAAUCCAGUUCAGCUGCAAUGGUUGAAUGCUUGAGAGGAAAAACAGAAGAAGAACUACUACAGAUAACUCAAAAAAUGGAUGUCCUUUUCAUCAGUGCAUGUGUAGAUGGUGAAUUUUUUCCAAAGAGUCCCAGGGAAUUACUCUCUGAAAAAUCAAUCAAUGCUGUCCCAUACAUCAUAGGAGUAAAUAACUGUGAAUUUGGAUGGGUAAUGCCUACGGGAUUGAAAUAUCCUCCUUUUGUGGAUGGUCUGGAUAAAGAUGUUGCACGUCAAACUUUACAGAGCAACUUAGCAGUAUUCAUUAAGGGCCUUACAUCUGAAGUUGUUGACAGAGUGUACAAGGAGUACAUGGGGGAUGCAGAAAGCCCUGCUCAGGUCCGAGAUGGCCUCCUGGAUGCAAUGGGAGAUGUCUACUUUGUCAUCUCAUCUGUGGAAGUGGCCAGAUACCACAGAGAUGCUGGCAACCCAGUCUACUUUUAUGAAUUCCAACAUCGGCCGAGUUCCGCGGAAGGUUUGGUACCAGAGUUUGUAAAAGCAGAUCAUGGAGCUGAGAUUGCCUUUGUCUUUGGAAAGCCAUUCUUAGCUGGAGGGGCUACAGAAGAAGAAAAUGAACUUAGCAGGACUGUUAUGAGAUACUGGACCAACUUUGCUAAAAAUGGAAAUCCCAACGGAGAGGGCUUGGUCCAUUGGCCUCAGUAUGACCUGGAGGAAAAAUACCUGGCAAUAGACCUGGAGCAAAAGGCAGCAAAGAAACUGAAAGAACACAGAGUGCAGUUUUGGGCACAGCUCAUGAAACAAAGUCAGACUGGAAGGAGAAAACACACAGAUUUAUAAGAACUGUGGAGGGCACCAUUUGCUUUUAAAGCCCAAAGGAAAGUCAAACAAAAUGAGUUUGUCAGCAUACAGAGUAAUAAUCACCUCCUAACUCACUGUUGUGUAAUCUGCUGUCCUAAUCCCAGUGAAGGGACAGAAACAAGGGGCAUUCAGAAUGUUUGUCAGACUGAAAAUCACUAUUUAAUGAAGCAAGCAGAAAAAAAAAAAAAAAACAAUCUGUCCAGGUCCAGACAGACCAUGGUACCUACUCAAGGCAAAUCAAAACUGAAUACUGAGGUGGGAAUGGGCAAAUGAACUGAAAUCUGUAAGAAAUUAUAUAUAUAGACUAUACCAUAAGUGUCAGAAUAUUUUAUAUGCUUAUUCCCUUCUUCUUGCAGAAAGGCAUGGCCAGUUGUCCUUCCUAGGGACUCUUUCUGCUUUCUUUAACUGGAAAUAGCUUGUAGGCAGCAGAGCAUCCAUCAAACUACGCCUGUGAGGUGGGCUUGACAUCUCACAAAAGAGGACAGAAAAUCUCUACCUGUUUUAUUGCUUUGUGAAUUGUUCUAAAUAAAUGUUGCUUUGAUUUUUUGGAA